UUUAAAAUGGCGACCGUAAGUGACGAAAGUUCUCGUUCGAACCGUCCCUUCCUUCCCCCGGUCACUCUCUCGGCUAGAGAUUUGUUUGUUUUUUGUUCUCUUUUCUUCUGAAGGGCGAGAAGCAUUGGAAACCCUAGUUUAGGAGAAGCGGGGGGUGUUUCAGUCGAGAUCGAGAGGAGGAGCCAAUGUCGGGAGCUGGUCAAGAAGAGGACAAGAAGCCGGCGGAUCAGGCUGCUCACAUCAAUCUCAAGGUCAAGGGCCAGGAUGGAAAUGAGGUGUUUUUCAGGAUCAAGCGCAGCACUCAGCUGCGGAAGCUCAUGAAUGCCUACUGUGACCGCCAGUCAGUUGAUUUCAAUUCUAUUGCGUUCCUGUUUGAUGGCCGGAGGCUUCGUGGGGAGCAGACCCCUGAAGAACUUGAGAUGGAAGAUGGGGACGAGAUUGAUGCUAUGCUGCACCAAACUGGGGGUGGUCUGUUAAGUGUGUGGAAACCAUUUUAGUUCUGUUUUUGCUUAAGUUGAAAUAUUUAAAGAGUAGCAUCUAGCGGACUUCAGGUGGGAGUAGCUAUGAACAAGUUCAAUAUGUGAAAUAGAUCUUUUGGAGACUUUUGCCCUGAGAUGUUGAACCAUUGCACUAUCUUGCUGUUGUCCAUGAAUAUAUUUGCUUUGUUGAGAUGUUGAAUAUCUAGAGAUAAUCCUUUCUAUUAGCAUUUUUGGUGUGUAGAUGUCUGGUGGAAUACUCAACCUCCAUUAAUAUGAGAUGAAUUUGAUUA